AGCAGCCCAGUUUUCUGCCUAUGUUGUGCUCCAGAAGCUCGAAGAAGAGAAGCUGUGAUCAGCCUCUGCAAGAGCAGCAGCUCCAUCUCACGCUCUGAUUUAUCAGGCCACAACGUCCAGGCAGCUUUGCUUGCAGAAAUUUUCAGCCAUGGGAGUGGAAGGCUGUACCAAGUGCAUCAAAUAUCUGCUGUUUGUCUUCAAUUUUAUCUUCUGGCUGGCUGGUGGUAUCAUUCUCGGCGUGGCCCUGUGGCUUCGUCAUGAUUCACAGACCACAAAUAUUCUGUACCUGCAGCUGGGUGACAAGCAGGCCCCCAACACAUUCUACGUGGGGAUUUACAUCCUGAUUGCUGUUGGUGCAGUGAUGAUGUUUGUGGGGUUCCUGGGAUGCUAUGGCGCUAUUCAAGAGUCACAGUGCCUUCUGGGAACGUUCUUCACUUGCCUGGUGAUCCUGUUUGCUUGUGAAGUGGCUGCUGGAAUCUGGGGAUUUGUCAACAAAGACCAGAUUGCCAAAGAUGUGAAGCAGUUCUAUGACCAAGCAUAUCAUCAAGUGAUUCAGGGAGACCCCAAUUCAACCAAUGGGAAAGCUGUUCUGAAGACCUUCCAUGAAACGCUGGAUUGCUGUGGUACAAAUCUUCUGGAAAGCGCAUUCACCCAGCUUCUCAGGGAUGACAUAUGCCCAAAGAAGGAUAACAUGAUGUACAGCAACUGUCACCAGAAAAUUGAUGAGCUCUUCUCUGGGAAGUUGUACCUGAUUGGUAUUGCUGCCAUUGUGGUAGCUGUAAUCAUGAUCUUCGAAAUGAUCCUGAGCAUGGUAUUGUGCUGUGGCAUAAGGAACAGCUCCGUGUACUGAGAAGUGGAGAGCUGCAGGGGGAGGGGUGGGGAUGAUGGCGCUAAAGGAUCCCCAAGUGCCACCACAUGACCAGGAGACAUUUCAACAAAAGACAAAACCAUGUAUAUAACUACUUCCAAUAUUACCGUACAGUACUUAUCAUUUUUACUUUUUUUUUUUUUUUUUUUAAAUAAAUAAAACCUUCCCAUAUCCUUGUGGCUGAGUUAGUUACACAUCAGUUUUGUGUGGUAGUAAAAAUUACUGUACCAGCAAGUCUGGCCCUUUACCCUUCAUGUUAUUUUGGCAAUGGUGCUGGUAUAGAAGAGGAACAGAGCAGACAGCUCCCUAGUUUGUUGUGAAGAUGAUGGACACCUUUGCCUUGUUUUUUUUUCUUUAAAUGCUAAUGUUUAUAGUAAUUGGAAACUGAAGCAGGGUUGUUGCUCUUCUCAUUUCCCACUCCCCCUCCCACCAGCCCAACUCCUGGCAUUUCUUAGUUGCUUACAGGAAAAUUUGAUUUGCUGUUGCAAACUGAUAGAUGUGAGAGGCAAGGGUAUAGCCUGAUAGCUGAGAUGCAUCACAAAGGGACAGGGUGGAGAUAGAUUGCUCCUGUGAGGCCCAUUUGUUUUGCUAGGUACACAGGUGACUUGUUAAGCAAAGAGUUAUAAUUUUAAGCUAUUAACAUUUCUUUUUCUCCCCAGGAGGUUGUAACUCUUUUAAAUAAACAAAUUGACUCAUUCAUUUUGGGCUGAAAGUGUCUCACAGGGUCACAACCUGGGAGUGAGUCCAUAGGGCUAAACUCUUCAAAUUCCAGAAGUGACUGAAUGCUUCUUUGUAGUCCGAUUGCAUGGAGUGGCAGGAGGAAGGGGUAACUUCCACUCAGGUGCUGUGUUCAUACUUUAAAUGAACGCUUAUGUACGUAUGAUACUUUGAAAAGGAUAAAAAAAAGAAUAAAGCUCUAGGGCCUGGUCUAUAAAAAUCCUCCACAAAGCUUCAGCAAGAUGAUUCGAGGGGUUCUCCAUUUAUUUCAGAACUAAUUUUUAUAUUUUCAUCAUAGUUCUGUUUGCGCCAUUUUGCUUACUUGUGGUCCUUUUGUAACUACGCUGUCAUUCUCCCAGAAAAAUACCACAGCCUGAUAGUUGAAAUACAUAAAUAAAUAAAGGUUAUUUUAAAAAUCCUUUUUUAAACUGACAUGAAGCAUUGGAAACCAACUCCUCCAAGACAGGAAAUGCAGGAUUUAAGGAGGCAUUGGUUUAAAUGCUGUUGUGCCCUCUUGUGCUUUGGUUCAAACCCAAGCUAGAUGUUCCCAACCAAAUGUGUGUGGCCUUUAUUGUAUGCCAAUCUAUCUAGCUAACAGGAGAGCUGUUGCCAUGUACAUAGAGGGGAAAGGGUGCCCCAAAUUCUGUGUAAUAAAGCUAGUAUGUGUCUCUAAAAGAUGCUCUAUAUGUAUAGAUAUAUAGAUAUAUAUUUUUAAGUAAAGCUUUUCCCUUACCUCUUUUGGCGCUUGAGCUGGAAACUUUAGUAUCUCUCAGCUAUUGACUGAGCAGAAAGCAGAGUUACUCACCCCCCAGUCUGAUUAGGAUGUGAGAUUUUUCCAUACAGGCAUGCUUCCAGCACCCUUCUGAUCCCUGGAUUGUGCUUCGUUUUAAACUUGCAAAUCUGAAUUGGGGGGAAGAGAACUGUGUUCUUCCCAGGCUAAUACACACCCUUCGAAUGUGCUACUAGUAUAAACAAUGAAGGACUCCUACAAUGAGGCAACUUGAUCAAUCCAGCUUCUUUCUCCCUCCCCCUUCUUUCCCCUUCUUGCCUUCAUAGCAUGUAGGGGCUUUCAAAAUAUUGAUAUAUUAAGUUGUGCUAGUUCACAAUCCAGGGAGAAGGUGUCUCAAACAGAGCCUUGAUUGAUUGGGCAUUGGACAAGAUGUAAUUGAGCCUUAGAAAUAGCCUUAAAGCAACACUGCCCUGAAUGUCUAUUUUGCAUGCUUUGGAAACAAAAACAGGUUGUGCACCAGGUUUCCCCCAUUCCCCUACCACCAGUGUAGAUUUUUCAGGUUAUCUCCUUGAUACGUGGCUAUAUGUAUACUGUUAUGCAUCAACCAAGCAUGUGUUUACAUAUGUGUACAUCAGGGUUGUUAGCAUACAGAAUGGAUGUGUAACUUGCCACCUUUUUGUCAACUGUUGGUAAAUGUGUAUAAAUAUGCCAUUAAGCAUUUCAGUUGUUUUUUCCCCUAUAUACCAUAUAUUUUGAUAUUGUUCAGUAUUCAGCUGAUACCAUGUACAUAGCCAAAGCUCUGUUUGAAGAUUCACUGGGUCUUUCUGCAAAGAAAUAUAGUUCAAGCAUGUUCUUGGCUGUUAUCAUUUUAAAGUACUGGAACUGCCCUUUGCUCUAGCAGGCAGGAGGAGGUGACUAUGGAGGGUUAUAGCCCAAGAAGUAUCUUUGGUCAGCACUAUUCUGGGCUCACUGGAUUUUGUCAUGCCAAAACAGAGUAACAGAGGGUAACUGGUCAUCUCUAUAAUUUCAGGGGUGACCCAUGAAUUGUCAUCUACCUGUGCAGCCUCCCACCAGAAAGAACAGGUCCAAUGCGACUGCAAUGAGAGGAAGGGCAUCUCUUAAUAGAGAGGCACCCGGGGGGACACAGAAAAAGGCUGUGAGAUAAAUUUCACUGGGUGAUGUUAAUAAUUUGGUUGUUUCCCUUCACAUUAUUAAAGGUAUUCCUGUGUCUUCUAGCUUGCUGGGGGGGGAGUGAGAGCAGACAGAGGGGCAGAUGAGAAAGAAAAGGAGAUAGAUGUAGCAGCUUUCAUGCUUAAGAAUGGCCAAAUAGUUGAGAAAUGGCUAAAGCAACUGAUUUGGUAUUCUCUGUCUCAACUGCUGAUAAGGUGGAUAUGAGUAGGAUGAUGUGAGAGGAAACAGGAUCUAAAGUUUAGUUGAGGUGGUGAGAGAAGAUUAUAGCACUUACACUUCCUCUGAGACACGCUUCUGUCUCUGUGGCUAGGGACAGAAGUUAGACAUAAACCAGUACAAGUGAUUGGAAACUGGUUCAAAUCUGUAACACACAGAAGUUAAUUGCACAUAAACCGCUUUCAAAAUAGCCAAAACCAGUUUAAGAUAAACGUGGAUGGAUGUAGUAUCAGACUUAACUGAUUUAGAUCAAAUUGCUUUAUUGAACUGCUGUCCCAGAUCCCUAUGUGUGUACGCACACAGAUCUGGGACCUGGUCCUGGAAACACCUGAGAGAUGACAGAAGGGCUUUGCAGUACUAGGCUUUAGUCCAUAAAUACUCAACCUGUAGGAAAGUUCGUCCUAGAGAAAAUAACAACUAAGAGUCAUAAGGUAAGGAAGGGGAGUGAGGCCCCAUUUCAAUGGGGAGGCCAAGAGUAGUGAAUUACCCAGGGCUGGGCUUAAGGACCGUGGUGGAAGGUCAAACAGAGCUGCUGCCAGCUGAACUGAAUGCUUGAAUCCUUUCAUACUGUGUGGAGCAUGCCACAAAGCUGUGUUUAACUUCUUUCUUUCUGCCUUUUGUGUUUGUUUUUUUUUAAGAAAAGAAGAAAAAAGAACCAAUUUUAAUAAAUGUUUCUCAUAGCACGCAUAGUGUGACCAACCUCUGCCAUUUACAACCAGUUAACCUUAAUGCCAGGAUGUUUCAUCAACCAGGCUUUGACAGCAUAGGCCAAAGCAGCCUCUGGGGCGAUGGAGGAGGGAAGAGAAAAAAUUAGAUGUUGUGCGUGGGCCAUUGGAAUGGGCGUAAGGUAAAGCAAAUAUUGCUCACCAAGGGCAAUGGCUGCUGCAGCUGGUUGUGCCUGGAGAGGAGGGGCAGCAGUGGGGGAGCAAAUGCCAAGAGGUGGUGGGCGUGGGGGUGGGGGGACUAAAAUUCAGAGACCUGUGGUGACUAAACCAAAUUUGUGCUAAAAAGCAAUUGAAACUAUCCCAAAGAGCCCCUUUUUCCUAACCUAGUGGGACAGCUUUCUGAUCUGUCAGGUUGGCCCAGUCGUUGAAUGAUGCUGCCACCCUGAAGCUUCAGAGGAAGCCCCUGUUCUGGAUGAGAGGGGCUGGCAUGCAGUGCUGUGAUCCCACAACUGCCCUUCCCUCCCUGCCCUGCCCCACGUAUUGACCUGGGCAGCACAGGUGUGCCAGGUUGGCUCCAGGGCUCCAGGCCAAUGCCUUUGAGGAAACGGAGGGAGUGUCAAAGAGACUGAGGUGCAACUGUUUGGGUGAGAAGGGAGGAAGGCAGUGGAAUGCAAGCAGCCCUUCGCCAUGGCUGUGCCUAUGCUAAGAGAUCAUGCCCAUCUGUUGUCUUCUUGCUUGUUUACCUGAAUGUUAACAGUCUGACAUAAUGAAUUUUAAAAAAAAUAGUAUUUAAAAACAAUAAAAAAUAAAGAAAACCCAAA